UUCGGCCGAAGCAUCAUCAUCCUCUCUCUCUUCUCUCGCUCUCGCUUGGGAAUUCUCGAGAGGAGAUUUGGGCAUGGAGAGAUUGCCGGGGGAGCUGUGCCUCAAGAUCUUCCACCUGUUGAACCAUACAUCUCUCGCUGCUGCUCCCCAAGUGUGCAGAAAGUGGAGGGUAUUGGCAUCCGAUGAUGCACUGUGGUCCAACCUAUUUAAGGAAAGAUGGGGAGGAGACUGUGCAGCAUUUUACGCCCCAAGUGAUCCCAAAUCCUGGAAGGAUGUAUACAUAGUGCAACACCGAUGUGACCGGUUUGGACUGGGCCUAAGGAUCAUCACAGAAGGUAAUGAUUACUAUCUCAUCCAUCAAGGUGAAAUCCAAAAAUACCUGGGCAUGCGCAAUCUCAGAAAUGAAAGUUGCGAUGAUGUAGCGCCUCUACAAGGUGUCGAAGAGCAUCACUCAGGGAUUCCGGAUAGAAUCCUUUUCUUUCUUGGGGAUCUUGAGGCUGCCUGUGCAGCGGCCAAGCGUUUACAGACGUGAACAUGCAUUUUCGUCAAAGAUGAUUGAAACAGCGCACUGUAUUAUUCGGUGCAGGUAUUCUUUAUACAAAUCACAACUGAUUUCUGUAGUUCAGUAUAUUUGUGCAUUGGAUUCUUGUGGAUUUGUUUUCCUAAAUGUUAUUAAAGUCAGAUUUUACCUCCUUGAGGAACUCCUUCCGGGAAAAUUGUAGUGGGAAAGAGUUGAUGCUAUCACAGAAAAGAGUGCAUGUAACUUGCAAGGCAACCAAGUUGUUGAAGGAUAUCUUACGUGGUCCAGAAAGAAUGAAAAGUUUGUUUGUGGAGAAAGAAUGUACCGUCUCCUCUUCUGCCGUAAUGACCUCAGUAAGUACAUAGAGAUCCUUAGCAUCUUGAUAGAUAAUGCUUUCUUGGAGCGGAAAAGAAGGUGAAGGGUCAACGUAAGAUGAGGUUGACAAAAAAGCCUUCUUAUUUGCUCAAGACAGUUGACUAUGGGUUGCUCACAUCAACUUCAUUUUGGCAGAAUGAUAAUGUUGACAAUUGGACCGGUCAUAUGGCUGCUAUGAUCGAAUUGCGAGUGUAUUACGGCAUUAGACGUGAGGAAUCUGACUUUCUUUCUUUGGCUGCAAUUUCCUAAUACAUAACACUUCGUUUCUUUUAUUGGAAGGUUGUCAUGAAAAUAUAAGAAAAUUGCCCCUAA